AAAUGAGUCGCACUGUGUAUGGGACUCAGUCCCCGGACAGGAAGUUGAGUGAUUCUGCCUGCAGGCUCGGGGGGCGGGUCUAUCCAGAGUGGUGGAAAAGAGUCGGAGAGAGAGAAGCACACAGUGGGCUCAGGACAGCUCCCUCCCUGAUUGGCUGCAGGUAAUACUGAGUGUUGACUGACUCCUCCCACUUAUGGCUGCUAUGUCGGGGAAGACUGUUGAGGUUGAAGGCUCAGAAGGAAGUCCUAGUGAAGAUGCGCGAUUGCCUUAUCCUAAAGCAUCUGUCAAUCUGCCUUAUCCUGAAACAUCUGUGAAUCUGCCUUAUCCUGGAACAUCUAUGAGUCUGCCUUAUCCUGAAACAUCUAUGAAUCUGCCUUAUCCUGAAACAUCUAUGAAUCUGCCUUAUCCUGAAACAUCUGUGAAUCUGCCUUAUCCUGAAACAUCUGCCCUUCCAAAUGUGGGACAAAUAAUGAAAGACUUGGGCAUUGAAUCAACUAUCCCAAAUGAGAUUCCAGAAGGCAGUCCAACUGAUACUUCAGUGAAGCCCGGUGGACUUGGCUUUGAAGGCUUUUUUGGAAGACCCGGCGAAGAUGUGGGAUUUCCUUGUUGUGAAACAUCAGGGGAGUUUCCAAAUGUGGAUAAAAUCAUGAAAGAUUUAAGCAUCGAGUCGCCUACCUGUCAGGAACCUCCAGCAAACAUAACGGCAGCGCCGGAUGCUCCGCACUCUCCUCCAUGCUUGUUUGACGUCGGUUUUGGUUUCAAAGAGGAAGUGCUGAAUGAAACCAAAGACCCUCAGAAGACGAAGAACCCGCCUGAUGCUGCACCGGUGGCCACCUCCGAGAAGAAACCCGCUGUAGAUGUCCUGAAGAAGAAGGCAGAAGUUGGGAAACAAUCCUGAUUUUUUUUUUUAUUACUGUGCAAUGCUUACAAUAAAACCAAAGACUGGAAUUUCUUCCCAUUAAG